AUGACUGUCAAGCACGCCCAAUCCACUCUCGUGUUCCAUCAUGGCGAGCUGGGCGUUAGGAUCAUACCGUUGGGCGCUUCUUAUGUUUGGGCGCUAACAAACAAACGCCACAGCAUCGCCCACCAUCUUACAAAAACCGUCUUUGAUCUCCACGAACACGUUCUCCAAACCAAGCCUACGCCACUCAUGCCCAACGUAUGUAGUACGACUUUCAAGCACGCCCAACCCACCCUCUUGUUCCAUCAUGGCAAGUUGGGCGUAUGGUCGAGCUUCCAGGUCCUCAAGGCUCCCCCAUGCCUGAUCUUCCAGGCUCAUGAGGCUCCAACGGAAGAGCAGAGGGAAAGGCAUAACCGUACUUCCCUUGCUGCUCUUGACCCAGCGAAAUCGGAUGCGACUGUUGCAUCACUUCCGAACGCUUCACCUCCCGUCGCCGCUUCUACAAAAGGUCGCGUCGUCAAAGCGUCAAUGAUGUCAGGCGCCCAGGGACUUACCUUCACUGGUGGUCAUUUCAGCAACGUUGGGGGCAACAUCAACCGAGGCGGACGUAACAGGGCGGCGUCGCCGGGACAUCAGGCUCCUCAAUUGGUAUCCUCUGAAGUGGUUGCUGAGGAAAUCACGGAAGCAGCCUUUCUCGAAAAUGCAAGUUAUAUUACUGCCAAGGGCCCCGGAGUCCGACUCGAUAAUGCUGGAGGAACGCGGCAGUCUGGUAAAUCGGGGAGCGUCCACGCACACAUGUUUACAAACCUCAAAAUUUCUGAGUUUCAUUCUGGGACAUUUACGAAUGCUGGAGGCACUAUAGACGGCGAGGAAUCCGAGGACGACGAUCAGGAUAUUCCUGUUGCAGUGCCUGACGUCGUUGAGGAAGGCGCGUUACUUUUAGGACACUGCGAACGGCCCAAGUGA